UUGCGCUCGCGUGUCUCCGUCAUUCAGCUCCGGUCGCGAGUCGCGCGCAGACAGCACGAGGGAUCUCCGUAGAGGUGCGCGCGAGGAUGUGGGGGUAAGUCACAGUGGACUGACUUUUGUUGGACUGCGAUUAAUAGUUUGCGUUCAGAUUUUGAAGCUUCAGCGGCAUUUACACAAGGAGGAUAUCAUCGGAGCUACCAGCGGAUUAUGAGCUUUAAAUCAACAACAACAACAACAACAACAACAACAAAGUGCACGUGAAGACCGCAAUGUUUGAACAGUGACCCUACUAUGGAUUUUAGCAACGAGGUCGAUCUUUCCAACAACAACAUCAUCGCUCCUCUGUGGAAAAAGCGUGCCACGGACCAGGUCUUGAACGGCAACCUGAAGCCCAAACCGAGACCUUUGAGUCAUCAGAUAGACGGUGUGCUCAUGACCGAUUUCCCCGUGGAGGACAAGUGCUCUUUCACCCUCACGCAACCUGCAGAGAAGAUCCCCACUCCACAAGGAACCAUGGUGGUCAAACAUGUUUUGAACAAACCUGCCCAUAAGACUCGUGUUGUAAGGAGCAUUAGCAUUGGGCAUCUAUCCAGUGGGCGCUUUUCUCUGGCUAGGUUCAGAUCAGAGAAUAAUAAUGCAUCUGUGGACAGUAACCAGGCGACUAAAACCACAAAAACAAACGGUUUGAGCAAAAAGGAGACCAAAAGAGAUCGUGAUCCUCUGAAGCGUCUGUCCAACCCAUUUACCCUCAUCUCCCAGAGAGAGCAGAUUGUUUUUGCGGACUCAUCCCCGAAAUCAGAUAGACGAACCCCACAGAAAUCAGGCUCUCCCUCCCAGAAUACCCCUUCACAGCAUUCUUCUCCAGUCACUCUUCGGAAUUCUUUGUCUCCCAGCAGUUCCAUGUCUAGCACUCGCUCCCUUUCUUCAUGCUCUUCUUCCUCAUCCUCUGUUCCCAGCACCCCAUCCGAGCCCUUUACCCCUCAAUCCCUGUCUCCAUCCGAGGGCAGCAUGGUAACUCCAGUUUUACGCCAGUCCUCAAGCUCCUCCCAAGGGUCCGAAGUCAAGUCACCCCUUCCCAGUACGGUCCUCAGUACGCACAGCCCUGUCGCGUUAAAGAUGGGCACCCAGCAGCUCAUUCCUCACAACCUGGCAUCUGAAAAACGACUAGGAAAAACCAGCCAGACUGGGGGGUCGACAGAUCCGUCCAAACGCUCCCUCCGUGCCCGCAGCAUGGUGGAGAGUGGCUCCUACUUCUCCAGCAAUAAAAAUGUUGAAGAUGCGGAAGGUGAUGAUGCUCCAGGGCUGUUUAGGAGGGGCCUGAGGUCCACGUCAUAUCGCAGGGCUGUGGUCAGUGGUGUAGAACUGGAUGUCCCAAACCUACUAAAAGAAGUCACAGAGGUGAAAGAAGGACCCAGGAGUCCACGACCUUUCAAAAGCAAAAGUGGAGGAAAGAAGAAGAAACUACAGACCCAGAGGACAUUUGACAGUGAAGAAGAUGAAGUUCUGUAUCAGAACUACCAGGAGAAGGCCCUGCACAACGACUCGGACGAGGACGCCGAAUCCAGACAGCCCAAAGCAGACGAGAACAUCGUGGUGCAGUACAGACCCAUCCGGACGUCCUGGAGUCAGCUCAGUGUGGUUAAAAAAAGUGGAGCGUGUGAGAGGCUGAGCCAAGAGGAACGCAAAAGGCAGGAGGCGAUAUUCGAGGUGAUCUCGUCAGAGCACAGCUACCUGCACAGCCUCAUGAUCCUCGUCCGGCUCUUCAAGGACUCACCGGAGCUCAGCGACACCAUGACCAAGACGGAUCACCAUCACCUCUUCUCCAACAUCGUGGACGUGUGUGAGGCCAGUAAAAAGUUUUUUAAGGAACUGGAGGACAGACACCAGCAGAACAUCGUGAUCGAUGACAUCAGCGAUAUUGUGAUCAGACACGCUCAGACAAACUUCGAACCCUACGUGACGUACUGCUCGAAUGAAGUGUACCAGCAGAGAACAUUCCAGAGACUAGCAAACAAAAGUCCGACCUUUAAGGAGGUUCUGUCCCGGAUUGAAGCUGAGCCGGAUUGCCGGAACCUUCCCAUGAUCUCCUUCCUUAUUCUACCCAUGCAGAGAGUCACCAGACUUCCUUUGCUCAUGGAUACGAUUUGUCAGAAGACUCCUAAAGACUCUCCUCAGUAUGAAGCGUGUAAGAAAGCUCUUCAGUCCGUCAGCAAGCUGGUACGGAAGUGUAACGAAGGCGCUCGUACCAUGGAAAGGACGGAGAUGAUGUACACCAUCAACUCACAGCUGGAGUUUAAGAUUAAGCCAUUCCCGUUGGUGUCAUCCUCUCGCUGGAUGGUGAAGCGUGGUGAACUCACGGCCUAUGUGGAAGAGAGUGGGAUCUUCUCCAAGAAGACGACACGGCAUCAGGUCUACUUCUUCCUCUUCAACGACGUCCUCAUCGUUACCCGCAAGAAGAGUGAGGAGAGUUAUACGGUGAUAGACUACGCUCUGAGGGAUCAGAUCUGGGUGGGGCCGUGCCAGCCGGAGGAUCUGAGCCUCUCGCCAACACGCACCACCGCAGGCAUGCUGACAUCACGACAGGGCGGAGCCAGUCACCUGUUCCGCCUCAACUUCCGCAGUAACCACUCAGGAGACAAAGUGCCCAUGAUCCUGGGGGCGGAGCUUCUUAAUGAGCGUGCUCGCUGGAUCAGCGCACUGGGACACAGUAACAAUGAGAAGAGGAACGCAGACAGAACAAAUUCCAUGCAGGUGGAGGUGAUUCGUACCUACACGGCUCGGCAGCCUGAUGAACUCUCGCUGCAGGUGGCAGACGUCGUAAUCGUCUCACAGACUGUGGAUGACGGUUGGUACGAGGGCGAGCGAUUGCGAGACGGAGAGAGAGGCUGGUUCCUCGCCGAGUGUGCUCAGCCAAUCACGUGCCAGGCCACCAUCGAGAAGAACAUGCAGAGGAUGGACCGCCUCCAGGGCCUGGAGACCAACGUCUGAACAGGAUUCUCCACACACACACACACACACACACAGAGUGGACGCUGGCUUGAGGAGCAGUCCGAGAUGAUGUUAUUGAUUCCUGGGACAUUCCAGAGCAUAAAAACUCACCAAAACUGGAAAUUUCUUUUUUUCUCAUCAAUGAAUACACUCCCAGGAGGAACAGGUUAAAGAUUAUUACAGCACCGGGGUGUCAGACAUGCCGUAUGAGACCUGGCUUCAAUCUGGAGCAAUGAAUUCAAUGAAUUUAAAUCACUUUAUGGACUGCAACUGGACUGAACGAUUCUUUCACACUAGAAGAAAAAGCCUGUUAUUCCACUAGGGGGCAGAAGAGAGCAAUAAAACUCAGCUACGGACAAAAUGUGCUAAUGAUUUGUUAUUCAUAAGCUACAAAUAAAUAGAACAUUUAAACGCGUUUAAGGGUAUCACAGCAAUUAGGGAGGAUGGGGGCGGGGUAUAAAUGCAUGAGAGUCUGAAUUUAUUUUCACCCCUCGUUAAUAUUCCUGGGUUUAUUAAUACAUGAUGCAUCGUCCUAAUCCUAAUUAAGUGGAAAUCGGUUCCAGGUUCGAAAAGCUGGAAAGUUCAGCAAGGCUGAGCUUCAGAAGGAACCGCUGAUGUGAUGGAUGACUGAUGAUUCGAAGGAGUUUGACACCCCUGAGCUAACACACACCCCUGAUCUCUUACCAUGAACAGCUCAAUGUCCAAGCAGCAGAAGACUCGAACCCAGAUCCUCUACAUCUCUGGUGUUGAUCUGAACGUUUAUCUGCACUUAUCCAGAAUCUUGUCAUUUCUACACAGGAAUCAGCACACAGGACUGUUUUACUGCACACAGCAGUCUGUAUAUAAGCUAGCUGUAAAUAAAUCAUGAAACAUUAGAUGUAAGGGCUCAGGGAAGGUUUGUAGUUUUAAAAAAAAAAUCUGAAUUUAAUUUUAUAUACACACUCAACAUAUGAAAGGCUCGAGUGGAGACUUAACCCACGCUGAUUUCCAUAGUCAGUGUCGUGUAGAUCUCUCUCUCUCGCUCUCUCUCUCUUACAUAACAGCUUUUAUCAUCAUCCUGAAGAUCAAACACUGCACUUCAGCUCGCUCUCUCUCUCUCUCACACACACUCACCGACUCAGUCACCGACUCACUCACUGUCUCACCGACUCACUCACUGUCUCACCGACUCACUCACUGUCUCACCGACUCACUCACUGUCACCGACUCACUCAGUCUCACCGACUCACUCACUGUCUCACCGACUCACUCACUGUCUCACCGACUCACUCACUGUCACCGACUCACUCACUGUCACCGACUCACUCACUGUCUCACCGACUCACUCACUGUCUCACCGACUCACUCACUGUCACCGACUCACUCACUGUCUCACCGACUCACUCACUGUCUCACCGACUCACUCACUGUCUCACCGACUCACUCACUGUCUCACUGACUCACUCACUGUCUCACCGACUCACUCAGUCUCACCGACUCACUCAGUCUCACCGACUCACUCACUGUCUCACCGACUCACUCACUGUCUCACCGACUCACUCACUGUCACCGACUCACUCACUGUCACCGACUCACUCACUGUCUCACUGACUCACUCACUGUCUCACCGACUCACUGUCACCAACUCACUCACUGUCUCACCGACUCAGUCACUGUCUCAGCGACUCACUCACUGUCACCGACUCACUCACUGUCUCACCGACUCACUGUCACCGACUCACUCACUGUCUCACCGACUCACUCACUGUCUCACCGACUCACUGUCACCAACUCACUCACUGUCUCACCGACUCACUCACUGUCACCGACUCACUCACUGUCACCGACUCACUCACUGUCACCGACUCACUCACUGUCACCGACUCACUCACCGUCUCACCGACUCACUCACUGUCUCACCGACUCACUCACUGUCUCACCGACUCACUCACUGUCACCGACUCACUCACUGUCUCACCGACUCACUGUCACCAACUCACUCACUGUCUCACCGACUCAGUCACUGUCUCACCGACUCAGUCACUGUCACCAACUCACUCACUGUCUCACCGACUCACUCACUGUCUCACCGACUCACUCACUGUCUCACCGACUCAGUCACCGUCUCACCGACUCAGUCACCGUCUCACCGACUCAGUCACCGUCUCACCGACUCACUCACUGUCACCGACUCACUCACUGUCUCACCGACUCACUCACUGUCACCAACUCACUCACCGUCUCAUCGACUCACUCACUGUCUCACCAACUCACUCACUGUCUCACCGACUCACUCACUGUCUCACCGACUCACUCACUGUCACCCCGACUCACUCACUGUCUCACCGACUCACUCACUGUCUCACCGACUCACUCACUGUCUCACCGACUCACUCACUGUCACCAACUCACUCACUGUCUCACCGAAUCAGUCACCGUCUCACCGACUCACUCACUGUCACCAACUCACUCACUGUCUCACCGAAUCAGUCACCGACUCACCGACUCACUCACUGUCUCACCGACUCACUCACUGUCUCACCGACUCACUCACUGUCUCACCGACUCGCUCACUGUCUCACCGACUCACUCACUGUCACCAACUCACUCACAGUUACCCAUUCACUCAGUCACCGAUUCACUCACUGACUCUGUCAUCAAUUCACUCACCGAUUCACUCACAGUCACCGAUUCACUCACUGUCUCACCCAUUCACUCACUGACUCGCUCACAGUCACCGAUUCACUCAUUGUCUCACCCAUUCACUCACUGACUCACUCAGUCACUGAUUCACUCACUGUCUCACCCAUUCACUCACUGACUCACUCACUCACACUUACCCAUUCACUCACAGUCACUGAUUCACUCACUCACACUGAUUCACUCACUGUCUCACCGAUUCACUCACUGUCUCACCGAUUCACUCACAUACUCACUGAUUCACUCACAGACUCGCAGUCACUCACUUUUUUUUUAAAAAAAGAAAAACUGGACAGAUACGCAGGCAUUCAUGUGGUGAUGCUGCUUCAGACAAAAACGCAGCUUCAGAAUCAGGUUCGAAUGAAGGAAUGUUUACGCUCCGGAACGAGUCGCUUUUCAUUCCGGAUGUGAACCGGAGCUCAGGGAGAAGAACGCCAUGCUGAAUGAUCUGAUCUGUAUAUGGAAUGUAAAUACUGCCUCAGAUGUAACCUCAGUGUCAUCCAGUAACAUGUAACUAAUUGUAUUACCAUAAAGGUUUGGGUUCA